UUGUGAUUCGUUAACUACCGUAGAGGGACGACGAAGUCAGCAGUUAGCUGGGGGAUUCGAACCCACAACCUUGUGAUUGCAAGUCUUGCAGUCCAACCACUUGACGACCACGGUGACUGUACGGGAUCCACUUUUGUUAUCACUAUGGCCGACCAAACCAAUGUUGCCAACUCUCCUGCUUGGAAGAAACCUUCUGAUAUUAUGAAAGUACGUCUGAAGAAACAACGGGCCAGCAGUGUGGAUAGCUUCCAAGCUCUUAAAAACAAAACAGUACCAAGGAACAGAUUCUCAAGCAGUGAGGACGAAAGAAACAAUAGGCAUGGAAAGAGGAGGAACCCGUUUGGUCAGGAUGGUGCACCUCCAGCACGGCGCAGAGUCUCACAAAAAAGCAUCGAUGAUGAAAAGGUUAUUGAGCAAGAAAGUGAGCCUGGCUUGAAGAGAGGGGACUCAAGAGAGGAGGAGAGUGGUACAGAAGGCGUCAGUUUGUUUCAGGCUUUAGACUCCGAGAAUACUAAGUCGGUUUUCUCAGAAGAAACACAUAAACAAGACACAGCAGAGUACCAGGAAGCAUUGAGAGUUGACAGUUCCGUUGAGACAGAAAAGCGCAAUGAGAAAUCCAACACCGAUGAACAAACUGAAUCCAAUCUAUGUACAUCUGAAUUCUUGCCACUAGAUUGGAGCAUUAAAUCCAGGGUUCGAUUUACCUCUCCCUGCCCCUUCAGUUGGAGCGCUCCCCUCAAGACGACUGAGGAGGCUCAAGGACUCUGUUCUUUUGUCAGAUGUGAAGAUAGGAGAGGCCACCAGAACAGCAAAUCAGAGAAUGUCAGGGAAGCACACAGUCAAUGGAAAGCUAGACUUCAGCAGUCUGUCAUGAUGUGGAGCCAUCCUCAUUUACCAUGGAUGAAACUGUUCCCGAGAAUUGUGUUGCGUUCAAAAGUCACCACCAAUUCCUUUGCAGCGAGUGAUGAAUCAAUACAGAAAGAACUGAUGGCAAGCUGGUCUGAGAGUUUGCGUUCAGUGUUCUAUCUAUUGAGGUCUGGUGACUGCCCUUAUUUCUACCUGUUAGCCCAUCAGUAUACAGUACUAUUCAGGGCAGCAGGAGUAGGUGGAAUCAAACACCUUCAUGCUCUGUUUACUCCUACUACUAAAGGAUUGAGAGAAGCUUUCAAAGAAGAAGGUAUUGAAUUCAGUAUGCCACUGCUGAAGAUGGAUGCCCAACAAGAGAAGUCUACAGUUCAAGACCUUGAGGAUGAAUACAAAGAUACAGACAAACAGUCUUCUUCUGUGGAAGGAGAAAAACUUGACACCACAAAAUUGGGUGAUACAGCUUUAGAUAAGCUGCCGAAAGCAGAUGAUGAAGACCAAGAUGUAGAUGAUGAUGAGCUGGAAAUAAGUCAAGAUGACGGUGCAGCUUCGUCUUGGCUUCAAAGCAUGGGUCUUGAUAAGCAGAGUUUCCCCACGCUGGAACCAAGUAAAGUCAACUUCCAACGUGAUAAUUUAAUGAAAGUAGACAACCGGCCCCAGUCUACAGUUCUCAUCCAGUCUUCGGAUACCCAAGCACUGUACAACUUCCUACUAAACACAAAGACAACAGUAGCUACCACUGGUUCUACAGCAGGAGUUCCACCAACUAUACUAGCUCCAGUUGCAUUCCAAGGGUCAACACUAAACAGCCAUAAGUGGAGACCGAAUGUGAUGAAGCAGGCUGUUGGUAACACCCUCAAAGAAUCCUACAGUCUUGAAGUGACUGGUCCACUUCUUCCACACAAUGUCUUCAACAUAUGUCAGCUUCUACAGGAAUCUCAGAGUGGAGACUUUGGUGGAAACUUCAGCAGUCAUGAACCCACACUACCAUUCAGUCAGGUAUUUCAAAAUAGUGAAGAGAACCUUGAAAACAUGAAAAGAGAGUCCGAUACUUUUUCAAAUUUUCUAGCUGUGAAGGGAGAGGACAGAUAUGUUAGUGUUGUGAAGGAAUUAAACUGUGAAGCCGGAAUGUACCAGUGGUUAUGACAUUUUUUAGUUGAGAUGUUCUUUAUCAACUGUAAGAUGUGUGAUGCUAGGGCUGGCCCAGUGUGAUUUUACUGCUUUUAAUGUGACAAAGGAUCCGUUCUGCUGGGCUCAAAUGCCUCUGAUGGCUGAUUGAUGUUUGGUCCUCACAAUACAAUAGAACGGCAUUUAUAUUCAACCUGGAAAUCUUUGGAUCUAAAUGGCUUGUUUUACAUAGACCCCUUGUACCAUCUGCCCAUGGUCUGCCAUUUUGGGAAUUAAAAUGCAUGUAAAGAUAGCAACGUGAACAGUGACCUGACAUCAACAGAAUCAGUGAUUGUGAUGUUCAUGUAUGCCUCGUAUUGGAAAACAUUUGGCGUAAGUGCAACACCUAUUACAUUUUUCCAUUGAAAUAACAACCCUACAUGUAGCUAUUAUAAAUUUAUUGAUAGAGCUAUGCAAGUACAUGAUAAUCAUCAGGAGAAUAUACCUUUCAUGUUACAAGUAUAAUACUUAGGUUGUAUGAAAAACAUUAGUACCUUCAUCAUACCUUCUUCAGUACCUUCUUCAAAAUAUCUUCAUAUUUUCUCUGUCGCAAAUUUUGGAAAAAUCCAUUCUUCUAAGAUAUUUUUUUAACAUGAUUUGUUUUGCAUAUUUCAUCAUUCCCUCCAUCAGGACAUUCAACAAAAACUCUUUGUGUGAAAUAGAUUUAAUGUCAUUUUAUAUAAUAGCUCUAAAAAUGAAUACAAAUUUAGCUUUUAAAGUAUUUAAUAAUAUGUCUGCUGAAAGCAGUCGAAUACUCCAGAGUGUGUGUACUUGUAUAUUUUAGAAUUCUAUUUAUGUGCCUCGGAGAAGUAAAUUUCUUCUUGAAUGAGAAUUUUUUGUGAAAAAAUGAAUUUCUAAAAUGUUGCUACUUUAAAUUGAUCAAAACUACUUGAUAUAAAAUAACUGAACAACAAAAACAAGACGAGCAUCUACAAAGGUUUGUUUUUCAAAUGAAUGUUUUUAUUUCUUGCUGACCUCAUCAUCUAUCAUACAUUAUAAAACAGUGGUGGGAUAGUAGUCAUGAGCUUUGCAUGAAAACUUUCUCAGGUAAAUUUUUUUCUCUGAGCAGAGGCCUUUUCCAGAACUGCAUCCUGAUAGGCCUAUAUGUAUUGUAAUUGAAUAAAGUAACUAAUAUAAAAACUUACAUAAGAUCGUCUUGAUUCAUGAUUUUAUCACAACAUUAAAAUAAUCGCAACAUUAAAAAAGAAAAGUUCUUGAGAGAUUGUCUAGUGUUUAAAAAGCAUUAUUUUGUGCAAAUAAAAACCAUUUCUUCUCACAAUCCCGCUUUUCAUGCACUAAAGAAUACCACACAAAACAUUUCCUUUUUAUUGAAAGAGUUUUGUAUGCACUGUAUUGUCUUUAUUUAAAGGCAGUGGACACUUUUGGUAAUUACUCAAAAUAAGUAUUAGCAUAAAACCUUACUUGGUACG